AUGGUGGAAGACAGAGGGUGGAAGCCGGUUCUGCGCAAGUAUAGUGGUAAGGGUGGUAGGAAUUCAGAUCUCAGUAAUGAGAUUCACACGAUCUUUGUGGAUAAUCUCCCAGAAUCUAUGGACCCAAAAGGGUUGUAUAACAUAUUCAUCAAUUUUGGGGUAGUGAAGGAUGUGUUCAUCCCUAACAAAAGGAGAAAGGUGACUAGAUCAAGAUUUGGGUUUGUCCGGUACGACUGUCCAGUGGCAACGAACAUAGCGGUCCAAAAAGCUCAUGGUAUCUGGUGCGAUAACAGAGCUUUGAAAGUGAAGAUAGCAGAUUUUGCUCAAGGAAAAGAGGACAACCAGAAACCAGUAAGUACAUCAGUUGGUAGAAGGGAUUUUGCCACAACAAGCAAAGGUAUGGAUACGCUACAAAGACGGGAUUUUGCCACAAUCAGCAGAGCUACAAAUACGAUACAAAGGGGAAAGUCGUUUGCACAAAUAUUGACUGGUUCAGGGCUGGUUUCAAAUUCAAACAUUAGUAUCCAAACUUAUGAGGAGGGGAAUGGUUGGUUGUAUGAAAGUGCAAUUGUUCGAUUGAAAUCUCACAUAUGUGCGGGGGAGUUCAAAGAGGAAUUGAAGAACAGAGGAAUGGGAAAUGUUUACGUUAGAGAUGGAGGGGGAAGAGAUAUUGUGCUAACGUUUGAAUCAGCGGGCUCCUUGAAUGAGAAGCUCAAAUCGAUGGAGGGGUGGAGUCAGCCAUGGUGCGAAUCCGUCAAGGUAUGGCAGCAGGGGAUGAUCCUUGAUCAAGAAAGAUCUGUAUGGCUCACUUGUUAUGGUGUUCCUCUGAAUCUCUGGAGUAGCAAUACGUUUAGUAGCAUUGGAAGGGUAUGGGGAGAGGUCAUAGGCAUUGAUGAGGAUACAUCCAGAAUGAUGUCUUUUCACAGUGGUAAGGUGAGGAUUGCUACUAAGUGCAUGGAGUCCAUAAACACAACCAUUAUUCUGCGAUGCAAGGGAAUCGAUUUUCCAGUCAAGGUGUGUGAAGAACAGGUGGUAAUCUCAGAGGUGAUAUACAAGCAAUGUAAAUGCUAUAGUGAACAGGCCCAAAUGGCAAAUUCAAAUUCAAAUGGUGAGGAGCAGGAUCAAGAGCAGAGAUCCGUUGUAGGGAGCAAAGAGGGUGAAGAUGUAGCUGAUGUGGAGGGCCACGGUGGUGGUGAGCUGGAUAACACAGAUGUUGUGGGGGAAAAGGGCUAA